AGUGGUGGUCUGGGUGGUCAUGUUUAAUUUGUUUGUUUAGCUCACAAAGUACGUAAAUAAAAUUCCUGGUGGUUUAAUGUUAAAAUGGAUCAAGUAUUAAACGAACUAAAGAAUAUUCACUUAGAUUGUCUUGAUGAUGAUUGGGUCCAGGGUAUUUACUAUUCAGAAUUUCUUGAAUUCGGUGAAAUUUCCACCGAGUAUGAAGCUGCUAUUGAUGCUCAAGACAAUAUACGUUCAGUAAUCAAGAAAAUCAUGAAAUCCUUUGAUGAAUGGCUCAAUACUGAAGAUAGCGUCGAGGAAAAAUCUUGGGCUGCUUUGUCAACUCAUGUCCGACAUCAAAAACUUUUAGCCAUCAUUGCAUAUUACAUUGAUCAAGGCAGUAAGAACGUUGUUUCUAAAGAAUAUAGAAACAAUGCUUUGCUUGCAUCGCGUUUGUAUUACAAAUUGUUAUCCAUUCCUGGGUAUAAGGCCUAUCAUAUUUAUCACUCCCAACUUUUUGCACAUUCCCUUGGUUGUCUUGGAUUUCCAAAAAUUAUGUGUGACAAUGAAGAGAAUUACUUCAAUACCAAAGAGUUGACUCGGGAAGUAAAUUCAGUGAUAAGAGAGCUAAGAAACUUUGUCAUUGAUCUAAGAGCUAUAAUAGAGAAGCUUCAGCUCAACUCAAAUGAUAUGAAUUUUGAAGACAUCCUGAGUAAUUUAGUAGAUAUUACUGGAGGUGCUAUUGUUAAUAAGUUGAAUAUUGAUAAAAUUGAACUUGCUAAUUUAUCAAGAGUUAUCUAUGAAAUGAUUGAUAUAUUAAUAUGCGAGGCUAAUGGAGAGCCAAACAAAGAAGCUAUAAAACUACUUUUCAAGUGCAUUCUUCCAAAACUGGUUGCAGCAUCUGUUGAUACCAGAAAUGCUAAUAAUCUUGUAAGAGCGUCAUAUGUUACGUAUUCUGGACUGCUUCUGAGUAAAUAUGGUAAAGCAGCAUUGCCUGGUUACAAUGUACUUUUGCAACAUCUCUGUUACACAUUAGAUGGUUUGGAACGCGCAGAAGUUCGCGCCGCUCGAGUCUCGUUGGUUGUUGGCCUGAUGAGUCUACUGCCACGUAAAUCUUACCGAAAUAUUGUGAAAUGGUUGCUCAAGCUGUCAACAACAUCAAAAAUCUCACAUCGUCAGAUUGCAAUGGAAAUGUUAUCCAACUUACUUAGCAAUGAACCUGAAGAAGUAAAACCUCAAGAGUCCAUACCUGAAAAGCCAGUGGAAAAUGCAGAAUCAUCUGAAACACAACCUGAACUUGAACAGCCUGAAAAUACUGCAUCAGAUUCAGGAAUUGGAGACUCUACAGCUAGCACAAGUAUGGAAGUGGAGGGACAAACUAGCAGUGCAAUGAUGACUGAAGAUGAAAGCAGUCAAGAUAGUCAAGAGACUAUAAUUCCACCAAAUAAUGAGGACCAAGAAAUAACGGAGGAAGACGUGGCCGGCUUGCUCAGGCAGCGGCCGCACACGGUCCCGUACGCCGACAUCCUGCGCGCCGUGCACGAGCGCGUCAACGACGUGUCCAGCACGCUGCGCACGCGCGCGCUGCAAGUGCUCGCCGACUGCGUGGCCAGCCCGCGCGCGCCCAUGAAGCACGCCAUACGGGAUCUGAACGGUGACGGUGAAGUGUCCCGCCUAAUGGCGGUGUGCGCUCGCUGCGUGUGUGACGAGCGAGCGGCCGUGCGCCGGGCGUCCGUAGGCCUGCUGCACCGGUUGCUGACCGGCAUCGAGCCAGACGGAGAACCUACUAAACCCUCCGCUAAUGACGUGGGCAUCCUAGUAGGGUUGUGCCGGGACGCGAGUAUCUUAGUUCGCUCGUCAGCCAUCUCUGCUUUGGGCGAGCUCGUGUUGCAUACGCCCUGUGACGCGGUCUUUGAUGCUUUCCUCUUGGGGCCGAUGCACCAACUCUCGGAUCCUGAAAAUAAGGUUCAGGAACAAGUAGUAACACUAGUACAGCAGAUAUUAAUAGAUCGCCUCAGGAAAUAUGACGUGAAUGUUGUCGAAGACCAGCUGCCAUGGAAGUUCUUGGCGGCUGUUACCCGGCACAACAUGAGGAGGCAUCUACAAAAAGCCUGCACACUGUUGAAUAAAUCCUCCAAAUGUAUAAGCCACCGGCUCAUAGACAUCGUGAGCACGCACCUGCGCGUGGGCAGCGACGCGCGCGACCUGCAGUGCCUGGUGCUGCUCACGAGCGCCGCGCGCCACGUCGACUACACCGAGCUCGGCUUCCUGCUCGACUACUACUACACGCUGGCCCGCGGCGACGCGGAGCACGACCCGCGCCUGAUGCCACUGACGCUGGAGCUGCUGAGCACGUGGGCGCGCUGCCUGGGCGACGCCGCGCGCACGGCGCUGCGCGACCACCUCGUCAAGCGCCUCGCGGCCGCCGGGGACGACGGUUGCAGAAUCGCAUGUGCUGCCCUUGCGGCACAUCUCGACCCGUCUAACUUACUGUGGGCAACUGAACUAAUGCAACUGUCGGAGCGGCGCGCGCUGAACGGCGGCGAGCUGGAGGAGUGGGUGCGCGCCGCCGACCUGUCGCUGGUGGCGCCCGCGCCGCCCUCCGCCGCGCUGCUGCGGCUGUUCCUCGCCGCCGUGCCCGACCCGCCGCCUGAGUGGUGCGAGGAGCGUCGCGGCACCAGCGUGGCAGGACUAGGCCGGUUAUGCGUCCGCUCGCGCGCGGCGGCGGCGGACGCGGCCGGGCCGCUGGCCGCGCUGCUGCAGGAGCCAUCUGCGCCGCUGCCCGCGCGCAUCAACGCGCUGCUGGCACUCACCGACAUUUGCACCAGGUACACGUGCAUCGUGGAGCCGCUGCUGGGUUCGGUUUGCGGCUGCCUGGCGCCUGAGGCGGCGGCCCCGCUGCGGCGGGCCACGGCGCGCGCGCUCACGAGGCUACUCCUGGCCGGCUACCUGCGUCUGCGCACGCCGCUGUAUUACCGGUAAUCGUCAUCAUCAUGGA